GUCAGUCUCGGUACAAACUCGAGUUGUUUAUGUCCUCCAUUAGAGCUGUUGGGAGGCUGACUCGUCCUUCGCCAAGCGGGGAUGGCGUAGUCCUCAGCGGCGUCCUGUCUGGAGGAGUCCUGCCGACAAGUGAUCUAGGAACUAACUAUGCUCUUGGCGGGUUUACCAUGUCCUGUGUGAGCCUGCUAGAGCUGCCAGAGAGCGUGUUGCUGCAGGUGUUCAGCUACCUGUGUCCUGUCGACCUCUUCCACAUAGCCAGGAUUCACCCCCGACUGGCAAGACUGGUGGGUGACCUUUCCCUGUGGAGGCAUGUGGAUUUUGGAAGGGCGCCCCUCAGCCUUCAGUUCCUGCACAAAUUUGUUAAGUUUCUGGGCCCACACACCCUCACCAUCACCAUCACCGGCUUUGUGCGGCCCAGCAGCAGAUUGCACCCUAAAGGCUCCAAGUGUAUCUCGGAGGCAUUCCUCACAAGCUUGAAGCGCCGCUGUCCACACCUUCAGGAACUCAACCUCCAUCGCUGCUACAUUGAUGCUUCAACCACCAAAUUCUCCACCCUCCCUGCCUCUCUCAAGAAGCUUUCUCUCUGUGGCUCAGCACUUUUCAACUUGCCUCAAAACCGAGUGGUGGUGCUAGCCUCCCCAUUCUUCCGAUUGGAGAAACACCUGCCAGUUCUGGAGGAGGUAGUGCUGGAGGGAUGUGGGGCUUGGCUUACCCCGCAAGAUCUCACCCUCCUCAUGAGUCACUGCUCGGCCCUUCAGAGUGUGAAUGUGGGAGCAGCAAGGUACACCCGGACUGGUCUCACUUCCUGGGACAAGCGGGAGGACAAGCACUGCAGUAGGAUUGUACUCUCACGCAAGUGGAGAGCCUGAACCACUAUCUCCCGUCUCCUGUAACCCUAGAAGAGUAUUGGGCAGUGGCUUCUUCAUCACUAGAUGGUUAUGGAGUGGCUUGACUUUUAUGUGAUCUCAGAGACAUUGAGUUAAUUAUUGCAUUUACUGACUACUAAAAAUUAACUGUGUAUUUUGUGUAAUUACUUGAAGAAUUCAUGAAUUCAUAGAUUUAAUUAUCACCAUGAGAAGCUUUGUUCAAAUAUGUAUUGCAUGACAUGAGAAGAAAGGACUGCAUGGAAUGUUCACAACAGCAAGGACAGCACUUCUAGAUCAAGACAAAAGACUUCUGUGGUGGGCCAGAGGUGCUGCCAGAUAGAAAAAUAGUGUGAGUGAAGUGUUGAAGAGGACAGCCAUGGCGAUGCUGCACCGAGCUCUCUUCACCUGGUUCCUUCUGCUGGUGUUCCUCAUCCUGCUGGCCCUGCGCCUGGACAAGCGGACCAAGUGGAACUGGUUCAUUGUGUUUUUCCCCAUGUGGUUCUAUGAUGCAAUUUUAUUGGUGUACAUCAGCAUCCACAUGAUCAACGAGCUGCGGGCGGCUGUGUCGGGGACUGGCAACACCCAUCACCGCACAGUGAGGCAGCGCGCCGCCAGCCUGCUACAGAGGGUGUGGCCGCUGUCGGUGGUGGUGCUCAAGAUGGCCUUCAUGGUGGCCCUCUGCCUCAAGCUGGAGAAUCCCAGUGCCAGCAUCUCCUCCUAUCAUGUGCUGCUGCCACUGUGGAUCCUGCUGACUGGUCUGUGUGGCAAGGUGCUGCACUGCCUCGUCCUGCAGCACCAAUACCGCUAUCCCUGAGAGCCUCACCAUUACUCUGCUGCCUGCCCAUUGAAGGAUCUGUUCAUUUCCUGUUAUGUGUUUGGUUGUUGCAGUAUAAUUUGCAAUGCAGUGUUUAUUCUAUGUGGAGUGUAAGAAAUCUGCAAAGAGGUUUGAAAGGACCAAGUAUAAAUGUGUAUUUAUGUGAUAACUACUAACCUUCUGUGCCUGUGGGGACUGCAUGGAGAAUUAAUUGUUGUUUUAUAGAAAGAUCCCGCAGGUUAAUAAAGUGAGUUAAGCAA